UACCCUCCGCCUCCUCAGCAACAAGUAUACCCUCCGCCUCCCCAGCAACAUCAGGAACAGCAGCAGCAGCAUCACGUCUACACGCCGCAACCGCCGAGCGGGAACCGCGAAUUCGGAGGGUAUGCAGGCUACACCUCUCCAGUAGUUCCACCGUCGCCCGCAUCCGCCGCCGGAUCGUACCACACGCCGUCGCAGCAGGAGCAGCUCCAGCGCGCACAAUCCGUCGUCUCUAACGCAACAAGUGCCAGCGGCUACGCCGCACCGCCGCUUCCGCAGCAGCCAUUAACGUCCGCACACGCAUCGUCCGCGCCCCAGCGCACCCACUCGGUCGUAUCGAACUCCACGAGCGUCAGCGGCCUCAGCAGCAGCGGACCUGGCAUCUCCCGGCAAGGCACGCACCACUCUUCGCUGGCGGCGCACGGCGAAGCUAGUUUGCCGUCGUCGGCGCAUGGAGGGAUCACUGUCAACCCUGACAACACGCCCGCAAGUAGUAAUGACGUUCGGCCAUGGUUCGAUGCACAAUAGCGACCGCCCUGCGGAAGUAGAGACGGUGGCUACUGUGGAUACUGAGGUGGUGGUGGCGGCGGUGGCGCAGGAAGAGAUGAAUGGUAAGGUGGAGGAGAUGGAGAAGGCGGUGGCGGUGGCAGUGGCGGUUGAGGCGAGGAAGCGGGAAGAGGAUGUGGAUGUGGAUGUGGAAGAAGAGGCAGUCGAGGCGGUCGAGGAGGCGAAGAGUGUAAAGGGAGUGCUGGAACAGGUGAAGGAGCCGGCGGAGAAUGUGCACAGCGUGAAGAUACGGGAUGUACAGGAUCACGGGAAGGAUGACGAGAAGGAUGGCAAGAAGUAUAUGCACGCUAAGCACGAUGUUCAGGGCGGGCAGGAUGCACAGGAUGGGCGGGAUGGACAGGUAACGAGGGCCGAGGAUGUUUCCAUGGCAGUGGGAGUGGUGAACAAGGAGCUGGUGCAAGAGACAGCUCAGGAGCAGCCUGUCUCGGAGCCAGCGCCGACGACGACGGCGACGGGCAAGCAACUCCCUGCAGCAGCAGCGGCAGCAGCAGCAGCCGAACGAUCCUCUCCAGAGCAGCCCGCCGAGCCGAAAGCGGUAAUGAUCGAAGAAAAGAUCGCGGUGCACUACGAAGGCGACGACGGCAAGGAAGUUGUCAGCAACGGGCACUCACGGGGCCAGUCCGGGGCCGGCCUGAGCGACGAUGGCGAAGGAUACGCAAUGAGUAGUACUGCGUACCCGGGCUCUUGGGAGCCGGCUUAUUAUGGUUGGAGCUGAGGGGUUGCAGCUUGGUUACUUCUAAAGUUUUACAUUCUCUUGCUUCUGUUUUUUUUUUGGUGCGUUCCGCUCUGCGUCACUUUUGCCAAUUCCCUUCUCUUUUGUCUUGCUUGCUUGCUUGUUUGUUUGCUUUGUUUGUUUUGUUGAGCGUGGCGAUUGUACGUGCGUGGCGAUUGUAUGCGGGAGGAUAUACGUUUUGGGUCCUUAUCUAGCGGUGCUAACAACUGUGCUUAAUUGGUGUGAUUUUUCUUUUUGUCGGUCGAAUACUUUGUACACUACAUAUCGGAAGAAAGUUCUUGGAUACCCUACCUAUGA